AUGUCGAGACAAGCUACGGUGCGGAAAUAUGGCAAGCAGCAGAAGAAAUCACGCUGUGACCGGCUUUUCGCAGAGCUGCCGCAGAGUCCUGUCCGGCCGGCGCUCGUAAGUGCGAAUGCCGUCCAGCAGGUUGACGAUGCAAUCGGCAAACUAGCGGAGAGAGUCACUGCCAUUAACAUCCAAGACGAGAACGAAGAGCCGCAUAGGUCUACGCCGUCUGCAAAACGGGCGCCUACCAGGCGUAAACAGAAGCCAGCAUCACCAGAGCCAGCCCAGGAGCCGACGCCUGAGCCGGUCUUGGAAACCACGCCUGAACCAGUCCAAGAGCCCACUCCAGAACCGGAUGAGCCUUCAUAUGGCGAUUCAGAGGCUGUUGAAUCCGAUGCACCGGAAGAAGAGUUGAGAGUUCUAUGCUGGUCUGAGGUAUGUCCCCCAGGGGACAGGAUCAUGAAGAUCGCGGAGGCGUCCUAUGCGGAGGUUUACCGGGUCACGAACGAGCGAGGAACCAGCAUCAUCAAGGUCAUCCGGAUGGAGUCGCCCAUAAAAGCGCAGACCAAACCCCAGCAAAAGUCAGGCCUGGUUGAUGAAGAACCCCACUCUGAGGCAGAUCUUCUGGGCGAGCUGCAGAUAUCCGAGUGGCUCGCCGACAUCCCGGGAUUCGUCGUGUACAAGGAGCGCUAUAUCGUCCAGGGGAAGGCGUGCAGGGAGCUUCUCGAAACGCACCAGGCUUAUCACAAGAGGGCGAAGCGGCAGGAUCCCGGGAGACUGCAGUUCUAUCCUUCGCCGAGCCGCUACCUGGAUGAUACUAGGUUCCUCGUCAUAGAGCUCGGCGAUGCCGGGACUGCCCUUGAAGACUUCCAACUGCUAUCAUCGGACCAGUUGUGGGACAUCUUCUUUCACGUAGCCAUCGCUCUUGCUCGCGCUGAGGCCGAGGUCGAGUUCGAGCAUCGCGAUCUCCAUGAGGGAAACCUUUGCAUACGGCAAGUUGGGGAGCCAGUGGCCGAGGAAGACAGAGAUACAGCCGCAUACUUUGGGCAUUCUGGGUUCGAGAUCACCAUACUGGACUACGGUUUGUCCCGCGCAAGGGGAGAUCUGGACGACGAGACCAUCGAGCUCGUGGCCUACGAUCUUGAAAGGGACUUGAGUCUAUUUGCAAGCGAACAUGCACCACAGUGCAGGGUUUACAGGCAGAUGCGAUCGUUCCUCUUGCGUGGCGACCGAGUAUGUCUGCCUCCCAAAAGCCACAAGAUCGCCUACGCUGAAGGUGUCGACGGCCCCAUCAGCUGGGCGCUGCACGAGCCGUACACGAAUGUUUUAUGGCUUGCUUACCUCUACGACUACCUCGUCAGCAGCUUCCUUGGGCCGAAGAAGGAACUAAAUGCUUUCAAGCGGAUCACCAGGGACUUCUGGACGCAUCUGAACCCUGAGGCGGAUGACAGCAUCCCUGGGUUCGCGAGUGCUAGCGAUAUAGUCAUGUUCGCCGUCGAAUCUGGCUGGAUAGAUGAGGACCAGCUGAUGGGCGGCCGAAGCAUAAUCGAGAAGUCGAUAUUGUCCAUCUUAUCCACCGACGAGUUCGCCCGAGACUGUGACGACUUCGAAAUGUCCUCACCAUCAGCGCGGAGAUCACCGAGACGGCAUCAGCAACGGCACGUCAUUGUAUAA